UUUGUUACAGAAAAUAAAAACCAUUUCAUGACUUGGGUCUUCAUCCUUCCAUGGUUUCAUCAUCUUGGUUAUCAAAAAGAGUUCACCUUUUAAGUCGUGGUCUUCAUGUGGCUUAGGGCAAUCAUCUUCUUUUUUGAUUAAUAGUUGUAUGGCCAGCCAUGGACCUUGGUUGGUUUUUGUGUUUUCUUUCCAGUUUGUAUGAACUAGAUAGUGAAAUUUAUUGUUUUGGAAACCACAUAUCUUAAAUCCGUUUCUUUUCACUUAAUUUAUCUUCUUGGUGGUAAUCAUCCACUUUGAUCAACAUUUUUAGAUAUGAAUGUCAUGUCACAAGAUCAUCUUUCUCAAUAAAAUUGAUAGAGGCAUUAGUAAAUCUUCCAGUGAGGAAUGCUGGAGUUGAAAAUCUAACAACUAAGCCUGAGUUUGAUGCAGGCAACUUACCAUAUUAUAUAGUAGUGUUAUUUUAGUUUGUUAAAAAUUGUGGAGAGGUCUGUUAUUGGUUUAAAACAUACCAGGUGUCACAUGUCUAAAAAUGUUGGUAUUAUAGAGGAGAGAAAGGUUGUUAAUGCGUUGCUUAUUUGUUCUUAUCCUCUUUGUAAUGAACAUGUACUGAAUAAUGAAAAUGGGGUGCAUAAUUGGGGAAGGGAUAGGAGUAUUUCAAUUAUCUCUUUUGUAUCUUCAUAUCCAAGGGAAUCAUUUAGGUAAGUCUGUCCAUUCUUGAGGAGCCUGUAGAAUGGGCAUAAUUUUCAUAUUCAAGUGGGAUGGUUUUUGUCAUAUUGGUGAUUGAUGAAUUUGUUUCAGAAUUUUCCAGCCACUUUAUGUUUUUACCCUUGGUUGUGCGUGCAAUAGUGGAACUAAAAUUCUACCAUGACAUUCCUACUUAGUGUUUUUGUUUGCUGUUCUUUUACUUUAGCAAUCAUGUUGUUGAUCUCUUGAUCUCUUGGUUAGAUUGCUAAGUAUGCAGCUUAUUAUUCUAGAUUUGAGUGUACUCAAUGCUAGAGGUUAAAUGUGCUUUUGUUUCAUGUUUUGAAUAUUGUUUUGUAUACAACAUGUUUCUGCUUUGCAAUUACUCAAAGUAACUAGAGAAUUGUAUUUAUUUUGGUCAGGAAUCUCAAGAUUUACAGAAUCCUCAUAACAUGCUUGAAUGUAUGGCAUUGUUACAGGUGAUUUCAUUCUUAAUUUUCCUCUCCAGUUUUCUAAGGUCGUCCUUUCUCUGUCGGUCUUUUUUCUGCCCCCCAUUUUCCUUCAAUCUUCCCUCUUCACUUAUUCUGUUUUAAUGCUCAUCCAUAGAAUUAUUAUUUUUUCUCUUAUUUUUCAUCUAUUUGUAAUUAAUUCAGUGUUUUUUCCUCCCCCACUCCACUAUACAAACACAUCAUUGUAAUUGACUUACUUUGCAAGUUGGAAUUUUAUUAUGUAUAAGAAAGUCUUUUUUUUUUUUUUGUCGAUUUUCUCUCACUAUAACUAUUUUUUUGAGAAUUUUUCCUUCAAUGUUUCCUUCUGAGUUAAAAAAAACCAUGUUUAAAAUUCAGACAUGUUAAGCAUGAAAGUCAAGGAAGUGGAAACAGGGAAGGUAUGGUUCUACCUUUAUUAGUUGCAGAAUUUACAAUUUAAUUGGUUUUUGAUUUAUGUUUCAGUGCUCUUUUGUUCCUUUUUUGUGCAACUCAUGGGAAAGAAUACUCUUCUUUUUUAAACCAAGAAAGCUCUUUUUAAGUCACAAUGAUUUCUAUAGAAAAUUUUCCAUUCUUCCACAUGAUUUAUUGUAAAGGAAUAGAUAAAGCAUACCCUCUAUGUGUAUGAAUGAUCUAGAACUAGGUGGUUAGCAGCUGACAAUCAAUUCAAUCUGAAACAUGAAAUAAGGAUAAAGGGUUUUG